AUGAGCGACUCCCUGGACGUCUCAGAAAAACCGUCUAGCAACGGUUCUAAGCCUGAGUCUCCAACUCCAGAUAUUAAGCAUAACGGCAUUAACGAGCACCACCUGCCUCAUGGGUCGCCUGAUUCUCGUUCUCUGCACGAGAUCCACGGGUCUCUUUCUCGCCAGUUCGAGUCGAUGGCUCCACGACGCGUGAAGGUGUAUCUUCUUCAAGGAGAGGACUGGCUAGAUAACGGUACGGGCUACUGUAAGGGAGAAAUCGAUGGCAUCACGAAGAAACCGUAUUUCAUUGUACGGAACGAGCUAGACUCCCAGGAGAUCAUUCUUAAGCUGUACUUGGAGGGAUCUAUCCAGUACCAGAGACAGCAAGAAACGCUUAUAGUUUGGACUGAUUUGGCCGGCAAGGACUUGGCGCUUUCGUUCCAGGAGAACGACGGGUGUGCCGAUUUGUGUGAUUUUAUUAUUCGUGUUCAGCAGGAGAGUCUCAGCCCGAUGAUCUCGCUAUAUUAUGUGCUUUCGACGCUUUACGACUCUCAGGGAGACGGGCCUCGCGAGAUCACCGAGUUGAUCACUGGCCCAAUCUCGUAUCCCCCUGAAGAACCUUCUUUGGAUGCGUUGGACGAGAUUCUGGAUAUCAUCAACCAGGGUGCCAACUCUCAGUACACGCGGGCGUGUAUUCUGAAGUAUAUCUUGGAAACAAACUACAUCCAUAAGCUUUACCUGCUACAAGCCGGCGCAGAGAAGAACCACGAUAUUUCCAGCCUUCACGUGUUGAGCGAUAUUGCAAAAUGCAUCCUUCUAUAUAACAGUCAUGCCCUCAUGGAAGAGCUUCUAUCGUCGGAAGUUUCGAUUCUUGAUCUCGUUGGCCUUCUUGAAUACGACCGUGACUUUCCCACAUUCAAGGCCUGUCACAGAGAUUAUCUACUUGAUGAGUCGAAAUUCAGAUCAAUCAUUGACGUCCCUACGCCGGCUGACCAGGCUUCAGAUAUGAGCAUUUUUCGCAAAGACUUCAUUCUUUCAUAUUUGAAGAACGUUGUGCUUGCUCGCUGGAUGGAUGAGUCUACCAUGAACACGCUUUCCUCCAUGAUCUACACUAAUCAGAUGGAUAUCAUCACUUAUCUUUCAAAGCCGGAUGACAACGACAAUUUCUUGGGCAGACUCUUACUACUUUACGACAGAGACAUUUCAGACGUUGAGAAUCUCAAGAAAUGCCGCGAUGCUGUAAGGAUGCUUCAUCAAUAUGUCUCUGUCACAAAGGGCCAACCUUCAGCACAGAAAUCCGAAUUUUUUACGGCACUCAUUAAAGCCGGCUUAAUCAAAUUGAUUAAAUUCGCAUUGGAAGGCCUGGACAGCUCUAUCCGAAUUAUCGGCACAGAAAUGCUCGUUACCGUGAUCGAACAAGAUGUGUCACUUGUUCAUUGUACGCACUAUGACGACAACAAUCAGGUCGAUGAGCUUGAGCCUCCAGUGAACAACCCACCACAUCCCGAACUUAAGCUUUACAAUGAUACAUCUUUCACAUUGGUCUUGUGCAAUUUGCUUCUAACAGACAAGAACCCAGGGCUUAAAAUGCAAGCAUAUGAAGCUCUAAAGACGCUCCUCACUUGUACUACUACCAACGAUAAUAACCAAGCAGACGACGGAUUCAUGCAACCAGUUACUGCCAAGUCGAACAGGCCUGAUCUGGAAAUUGCUGAGAUAAACUAUAAGUUCUUUCGAUCAUUCUAUCAACGCGUUGCGAGCGUAUUAUUCCAGGACUUCAUUUAUCUUUCGGGUGACAAUCCAGGCUGUGAGAUGGCUAACAACGCAAAAAACAGGGUGAUUCUGGAACCAAUGCUUUUCCAGCACCUUUGUGAUUUGAUCGCGUUUUGCUUCCAAGAACAUGAUCUCGGGCUCUGUCGAGAAUUUUUCAUCCAGAACCAUGUGCUUACAGGCGUCAUGAGGCUCUUAAGCCUCGACACAAAGAUAACUCUCAAAUUAGCGGCGCUCAGAUGCUUCAAGACAUUAAUAUUCCUCAACGACGACGCAUUGACUCGGUACAUUAUAGAUAGGAGCCUAAUGGGCACCUUUGUCGACUACUUUGACACUGUGAUCGAGAGCAACACGCUUGCCAACUCCCUGUGCAUUGAUCUUCUCGAGAUAUUGCUUCGAAGAGGACACGAGAAGAACUUCAAGGCAUUGGCGAUCAACGUUUACAAUAAUCACAAAAACUUCAUUGAACGAGUCAACUACGUCUCGACAGGCUCAGAAUUUAUUCAGAUGGUGGAGAAUGCGCUUAACCAAAGUGCUGAUCCCACGGCCACUAGCAUUGACGAUAAUGACCAGCACUACAAGGAUAACGUUCUGUCGCCAAUAGAGGGGGGAAAUAAGGAGGGGCAGGACGGUCCUCAGGCGCAAGAGUUAUCGCCGCUAGAGCCCAUAAAGUUUGCCAGCCAUAAACGAAGUAUUGUUCCCGAGGAUGCAAACGAAAAUGGCAAUGGAAACGGUAAUGGCAACAUUGGCUGCAACGGUAAUGGCGCGACGAAGAAGCCGAAGGUUACUGAUUACCUAAGCGGAAUUAAGAAAGAUGGGGAACUUAAGACUUAG